AGUCCCCCCCCAGCGCCGCCGCCGCCGAGAGGAGGCCGGCGCAGCGCAGCCGACACCAACACUAGGCUCCGAGCGCCCGACGGCGUUCGCCGGGACGGAUCCGCGCAGGACACCGAGCCACGCUGGGCCACCGGGCGGGUGGAUACCGAGCGGGGCGCGGCGCGCUGCAGCACCCCCCGCAGGGUCUCACGACCACCCACUCCUUGGGAAGGGACUCCCCCCACACGCCCUUCGCUGGGCUGUGCACACCGCCUGAGAGCAAAACACACUUGCUGUCAGGGCGCAGACACACAACAUGGCAGAUUCACAAUCAGCCCCAGUGGGACCCACAGACGUAGGGGCAGCACACUGACAGGGACAGCCCUGGACACACACACGCACUCCCAAGGAAUGUUCAGGGACCCACACCAGGCCACCGGCAAGGAAGGCCCCAGCGCUACACCACUGGCACACAUCAUUGACCACCAGCACAGAUGAACAUGCAGCUUGGGACUUUUGUCCCCACCAAUAGAAAUAUCCACAUUUAUAUACUUGUGCAUAAAUGCAGAGCCGUUGGUGUGGGCCUCCUUGGACAGCACCAACAAAACACCAGGUGGAAGCACACAGAAGAAACACAUUUCUGAAACUCCGCAGGGACAAUGGGAAGGACUCCUCCCUUGGUGUUGGAAAAUUAAAAACUCAGGAGGAGUCAGAGGAGCCAGCUGUCAGAGCCCCUUUCCUUAAGACCUUUCUGAAUCAAAGCAAAACAUAAAUAAACAAUUUAAAGCCACAGAGCUAGUCAUAAGGAGAAAAAAAAUCAGACAAAUUUUGGAGUCAUGGAGACAUAAAUAUAAAACAUGGAGAGUUGGAAUCAAUGAGAAAAUAGGCCCACCACCACCUGAGGAAGGUUCCAGGGAAGAACCCCACCCCCACUCCAACCAGGUCACAAUGGCUGGAGCUCUGAGGGGCCCAGGCCCCCAGAGCCAGGAGGAGAGGAGGAAGUCCAAGGAAAGAUGGCUGGCAGUCACCCCUACUUCAACCUGCCCGACUUCACCCAGCCAUCGCCGCCCUCCACUCCGCCCAGCCUCCCCUCGCACCAGCGCUGCUGCCGGCCCUCCGAUGCCACCAAGGGCCUGCUCGUGGCCCUGCUGGGUGGGGGCCUGCCCGCUGGCUUCGUGGGCCCCUUCUCCCGUAUGGCUUACCAGGCUUCCCACUUUCCCUCACUGGAGCUGCUCAUCUGCCGAUGCCUCUUUCAUCUCCCCAUUGCCCUGCUACUUAAACUGCGUGGCGACCCACUGUUGGGACCUCCUGAUGUCCGAGGCCGGGCCUGCCUCCACGCCCUGCUCAACGUCCUCAGCAUUGGAUGUGCCUACAGUGCUGUUCAGGUGGUGCCUGCUGGCAAUGCUGCCACAGUUCGCAAAGGCUCUUCCACUGUCUGCUCUGCUCUCCUUGCCCUCUGCCUCGAGAGCCAGGGUCUCAGCGGCUACGACUGGUGUGGACUGUUGGGCAGCACCCUGGGACUAAUCAUCAUUGUGGGACCUGGACUAGGGACACUGCAGGAGGGGACCACGGGCCUCUACACUGCUCUGGGCUAUGUACUGGCUUUCCUGGGAGGCCUGGCACUGUCGCUGGGGCUUCUGGUCUAUCGUUCCCUGCACUUCCCCUCCUGCCUGCCGACAGUGGCCUUCCUAUUUGGCUUGGUGGGGCUGCUGGGUUCUGUGCCAGGCCUUUUUGUGCUGCAGACCCCUGUGCUGCCUAAUGACCCUCUGAGUUGGAGUUGUGUGGGGGCAGUGGGGAUCCUUGCAUUGGUCUCCUUUGUGUGUGUGAGCUAUGCAGUCACCAAGGCCCACCCUGCCCUGGUGUGUGCUGUCCUGCACUCUGAGGUGGUGGUGGCCCUGAUGCUGCAGUAUUACGUGCUCUAUGAGACUGUGGCACCUUCUGACAUCAUGGGGGCAGGGGUUGUGUUGGGCAGCAUUGCCAUCAUCACGGCCCAGAACCUCAGCUGUGAGAAGGAAGGGCAGGUGGAGGAGUGACAUCAAAUUUGAGAGCCUGGGGGUUGGGGGGGCAGGGGUAAAUAGAGAGACUGAAAUACAAACAUGGGCAAAUCAGUGACUGGAAAAGAACUGGUGUGGGAGAGGGACACCUCUUGGAGUCAAGGGUGACUUGGGGAGAUGGUGGAGAGAGAGGGAGUACAUGGAAGACCUGGAAACAAGCCCGGGGACCAAGGGAUGUAGAGUCUAGGCCAGGUCCUAGGAAUCAGGUCUUAACUAAGGGAUAAAGUCUGAGGAGCAGAUCCAAGGGGCAGAGGCAGGCAGGCUGUGGGCCAUGGGGAGGACUUCCCUCAGCAGCAGAGAGAAGAGCAUUGGGGCUGGAGUGUUCCCAGGUGUUAGGGCGAAGACAGAGCAAGCAGCUGCACUGGGGGAGGGGAUUCCCGCUGGGCCAAGGUUUCCUUUCCUCGUGGUUGUGCCCCACCUUGGGGUGGUAAUGUGACAUUGACAUCAAACAAGGAUUACUCUGAAUGUG